AUGGAGAACGGAAGAGAAGAUGAGAUUGAAGACAUGCCAAUGUCACCCCCAUCCACGGGCUCCAUGCAGAUUGCAGGGAGCAAUGGCUUUGGUCAUAGCAUGGAGUACAUGUCUCAGGCAUACCUUCCGAAUAGGUACUCAGAGAUUGACAUAAAAGUUGAGGAUUCUAGUUUCAACCAAGAUCCACCCCUCCCCAUAUAUCUCAAGUUUGAAGAUGUAGAGUUUAAGGUGAGAAAUAGUCAAACAGCUUCCAAGAACCCUGUGAAGACAAUGAUGUCAAAAGUAGCCACACAACAACAUGUGGAUGAAGAUAAAUACAAGAAAAUAUUGAAGGGUAUCACAGGAAGCAUUGGCCCUGGUGAAAUUCUUGCUUUGAUGGGUCCUUCUGGUAGUGGGAAGACAACCUUGUUGAGAGUUGUGGGAGGAAGAUUACUUGAGAAUGUAAAGGGGAAAAUAACUUAUAAUGAUGUUAGAUUUAAUCCAGCUGUCAAGAGGAGGAUUGGAUUUGUGACACAAGAGGAUGUGCUUUUCCCACAACUUACAGUAGAAGAAACGUUAAUCUUCUCUGCAUUCCUAAGACUGCCAUCCAAUAUGAGCAAGCAACAAAAAUAUGCAAGAGUGGAGACCACUGUCAAGGAGCUAGGCCUUGAAAGAUGUCGCCACACAAAAAUAGGUGGAGGAUUUCUCAAAGGCAUAUCAGGAGGAGAAAGGAAGCGAACCAGCAUAGGCUACGAAAUUCUUGUUGAUCCUUCACUCUUGCUACUUGAUGAACCAACAUCAGGCCUUGAUUCCACCUCAGCAAACAAACUCCUUUUCACUCUUCAGGGACUUGCCAAGGGUGGAAGGACCAUAAUCACAACAAUUCAUCAGCCAUCCAGCAGAAUUUUUCACAUGUUUGACAAACUACUACUGAUAUCAGAAGGCUAUCCCAUUUACUAUGGGAAGGCUAGGGACACGAUGCAGUACUUUUCAUCCUUGAGGUUCAUCCCCGAAAUACCAAUGAAUCCUGCAGAGUUCUUGCUUGACUUGGCAACUGGACAAGCGAAUAACAUAAGCGUUCCACAAGAUAUUUUGGAAGAUCAAGAAUCAGCUGAUUCUUCAAAAGCUAUUAUUAAACGUCUACAACUCAUUUAUAAAGACAAACUGGAGCCAAAAGAAAAAGAAGAAAAUCACGGAGCAACAAACGCACCAGAACAUCUUCAGCUGGCCAUUCAGGUUAAAAAGGAUUGGACACUGAGUUGGUUGGACCAAUUCACUAUUCUUUAUAAGCGAACAUUCAGAGCAAGAUGCAAGGACUAUUUUGAUAAACUAAGACUAGUUCAAGCACUUGGCAUUGCACUUUUGUUGGGAUUACUUUGGUGGAAAUCUUCAACCAAUACAGAGGCUCAACUUAGAGAUCAGGUUGGUUUGAUGUUCUAUAUCUGUAUAUUCUGGACAUCUUCAUGCCUUUUUGGAGCAGUCUAUGUCUUUCCCUUUGAAAAUGUCUACUUGGUGAAAGAAAGAAAAGCAGACAUGUACAGACUAAGUGUAUACUAUGCAAGCAGCACUCUGUGUGACAUGGUGGCACAUGUUUUCUAUCCCACUUUUUUCAUGCUAAUCCUAUACUUCAUGGCUGGCUUUAAAAGGACUGUUGCGUGCUUCUUCUUGACAUUGUUUGCCGUGCUGUUAAUAGCUAUCACAAGUCAAGGGGCUGGAGAACUUUUUGGAGCUGCUGUUAUGAGCAUUCAAAGAGCAGGGAUGGUUGCUUCUUUGAUACUAAUGUUAUUUCUUCUCACAGGUGGCUACUAUGUUCAGCACGUGCCAAAGCUGAUGCAGUGGUUGAAGUAUUUGUCGUUUGUGUACUAUGGAUUUAGACUUCUUCUGAAAGUGCAGUAUUCAGGAGAGCAACUAUAUGAGUGUGAAAGCGAGGGAGGGUGUAGAACACUGCAGAGUUCACCAUCAUUUGACACUGUAAACUUGGAAGGAGGCUUAACUGAAGUAUGGGUUUUGUUAGCCAUGGCUCUAUGCUUUCGCAUCUUUGCUUACUUCUGUCUUCGAAAACGAAUUGACAUUAUUCGCAAUUAG